AUCGAGAGUGAAAUUUACUGAGCAUCUGCAAACUUCUGAACAAACUUCAUGAGUUGUCCGAAUUGACCCAGGACUUCAGCCCCCCCUCCCGGUGUUUAUGUGCAUCAUUAACCUUGGUCGCCUGACUGUACAUGCGCCAUUUGCGGUCUGCCAACAGUUCUCAGCUCUCUGGGGAGGGUGUCUCACCCCUGCCAGUUGUCAGCAAUGUCCUAUCGGCCAAUUAGUUUCCUGUCCGAAUGGCUUAACUUCCUUCUCGUUACAACUCGGCUGCUAGCAAUUGCAAGUGGCCCGGGAAUAAAAAGACACGCGUAACCGCAUAAAAUUUGUGUAAAUAGAUGCAUUCAAAGGCGAGUGGGGUGGAUUAAAGUCGUCCUCCGCUCUCACACACGGAAUUGGAUGGCCAAUACUACUGGGCCCAGGACAUAAUCGAUGGGGUCCCCGCUCCUGAAAUCCAAAUCAAAACAAAUUGGUUUAAAUCCCACCUGAAAGAUCCGGCGCCAAUUGCAGAUAAAGCAAUAUUUCUCUGUACAACAUGCUUGUAACGAGCGCAAGUGGGCCCCAUAGUAUACUGAACCUGUAACUUCCUUAUUUUUUUCCGCUCUGUGGAGACCGCCCCAUGGUUCAGAGAAAGUGAACCAGGAAGUGUCAUAUAUAUGUAAGAUGCUAACAAGUGACAAAAAUACAUUAGUAGAGAAGUAUAUUAGGCGCCAAAAUCCUGAAUGAAUGUUGCCGCUUUCAACUAGUAAUUCGUGAUGAUGUUCUUAGUGACUCUUUGCAGAACUUUGCCGCGAUGCCUGCAUGCGUUCUACAGAUGGAUUUCCAGAUGGCUUUGCAGUUGGAUACGCAGAUGGAUACCUGCCGGGCACUGUUUGUUUAACAGGCUCUCCUGGUUCCGAAAGUCUAUCGGCUAUCAACGUACGAAGGGUAAACAUUUUGUUGGAUUGAAAAAUCAGGGAGCCACAUGUUAUCUGAACACAUUACUUCAAACAUGGUUCAUGACCCAGGAAGUUAAAGAAUGCAUUACCAACUGCAAAGAACAAGAUUCAUUAAUUUGCGAGUUGCGAUGUCUGUUUAAACGAUUAUCAGAUGGGAAUGAACGGUCCUUGAGCACAGAACAGUUGACCUCCCAAUUGAAUUUGAAUGUUUACGAACAGAGAGAUAUAGAGGAAUGUUUUCGCAGUCUGGUGAACAAGCUGAAUAGCAAAAUGGAUCAGGACCAUAAUAUUCUGAAGAUUUAUCAGGUCACCAUGGUUAACUCAUUGAAGUGUUUAAAUUGCACACAAUCCAUGGAUGAAGACACUUUUUUCCUGGAUAUACCUCUAUCUGUUUGCUCAGCUGAUGCUGCAGAAAAGUUUGAAUCCAUGGAAAAGGGUCUUGAACAGUUUUUGAAGGAGGAAAAAAUGGAAGGUGACAACAAAUGUUAUUGUAACAUCUGUGAUAUGAAGACUGAAACAACAUCAAGAUACUAUUUUAAGCACUUGCCACAAAUUCUUACAUUUCAACUGAAACGCUUUGAAUUCAAUUACAACCACAUGGCAUUUGAGAAAAUUACAGAUUGCAUUACUUUUCCACCUGUUUUGGAAUUUACAAGAUCUCAGGAUGUUCGUAAUGAAUGGUGUCGAAAAUUAACAGUGAACAGGGAGAAUAAUGCCCCGAGUAAUGACUGUUCAAGGGCUUUGGAAGAAAGACAAAGUUCAUUUUCAUUCCUGGGAGUACAGAAAGGAACUUCUGUGGAUUAUGAAGGAAAACAUCCUGAGGCAGUCAAAGAUCAGUCAGAGGAAGUUUCUAAAGACGAGGAGGUUAAAAAUGUGGAUGUUGUAAAAGGCAAAGAAACACUUGCUCAGCCACAAGAAGAGAAGCAGGAAGAUUCUGAGGACAUUACAGGAGGAAAUCCUGAGACCCCUCAAGAUCACUCACAGCAAGUUUCAACAGGACAAAAGGUAAAGAAUGUGGAUGUUGUAAAAGUCGAAGAAACACCUGCUCAGCCACAAGAAGUGAAGCAGGAUCAUUCUGAGGACAUUACAGAUGGAAAUCCUGAGACCACUCAAGAUCACUCACAGCAAGUUUCAACAGGACAAAAGCUGAAUAAUGUAGAUGUUGCGAAACACGAAGAAACACAAGAAGUGAAGCUGGAUUAUUCUGUGGACAUUACAAGAGGAAAUCUUGAGACCCCUCAAGAUCAAUCACAGCUAGUUUCAACAGGACAAGAGGUGAAGAAUGUGGAUGUGGUAAAAGACGAAGAAACACCUGCUCAGGCUCCAGAGGUGAAGCAGGAUCAUUCUGAGGACAUUACGGGAGGAAAUCAUGAGACCACUCAAGAUCACUCACUGCAAGUUUCAACAGGACAAGAGGUGAAUAAUGUGGAUGUGGUAGAAGAUGAAGAAACACCUGCACAGGCACAAGAAGUGAAGCAGGAUCAUUCUGAGGACACUACAGGAGGAAAUCAAAGUCACUCACAGCAAGAUUCAACAGGACAAGAGGUGAAUAAUGUGGAUGUUGUAAAAGUCGAAGAAACACCUGCUCAGGCACAAGAAGUGAAGCAGGAUCAUUCUGUGGACACUACAGGAGGAAAUCCUGAGACCCCUCAAGACCAAUCACAGCAAGUUUCAACAGGACAAGAGGUGAAUAAUGUGGAUGUUGUAAAAGUCGAAGAAACACCUGCUCAGGGAAAAGAAGUGAAGCAGGAUCAUUCUGUGGACAUUACAGGAGGAAAUCCUGAGACCCCUCAAAACCAAUCACAGCAAGGUUCAACAGGACAAGAGCUGAGCAAUGUGGAUGUUGUCAAAGGUGAAAAAACACCUGCUCAGCCACAAGAAGUGAAGCAGGAUCAUUCUGUGGACAUUACAGGACGAAAUCCUGAGACCCCUCAAGAUCACUCACAGCAAGUUUCAACAGGAGAAGAGGUGAAUAAUGUGGAUGUGGUAAAAGACGAAGAAACACCUGCUCAGGCACAAGAAGUGAAGCAGGAUCAUUCUGAGGACAUUACAGAUGGAAAUCCUGAGACCCCUCAAGGUCACUCACAGCAAGGUUCAACAGGACAAGAGGAGAAAAGGUAUGAAUUGUUUGCAAUUUGGCACCACAUAGGAAGCUAUGGAAAUGGCCACUAUUAUGCUGAAAUCAAAUCAGACUCUGGUGACUGGUACAAUUUUAAUGAUGAAGAUGUUAAAAAGGAAAUGAAUAUGUCUCUAAGUUCCAAAACUGCUUACAUGCUUAUGUACAGACUGAUCGAUACAAACUACAAAACAGGAGGCCGUGCACAAUUCUGAUUUGAUGGAGGCAGACGUGAGAGCACGGAGGAACAUCUGGUGAAACUUCUGAAAUGCCUUCUUCACUGCUGUUGCUACUGUGUAGUCCAAAAUCUCCAGAGGGGAAGGCCCCAAAUCCUCAGCUUUGCCUGUUGCUUGGCAGCCGGGGCUGGGUUCGAAGCGCUCGGCAGAGAUGGUGCUCGGUGCUCGGUUUCGGAGAGCUGGUCGGAGGCUCGAAGUUUUCGGACGGACUCACUGUCGGACUGUGAUUGGGUGUUUCCAGAAUGCUGCAUCAGCAAGUUUGCGGUGCUGGAAGUUCAUGGCAGGGAGAGUUUUCUUCCUUCUACCGUCUGCGUGAGAUGAUGGGCUAUCGGGACUUUGAGGAAACCAUGCUGACUACAGCCUAUUUUAUCAUGCAUGAGAAUUAACCUGGGAAAUCAUCCUUAUUAAUCGACUCCAACAUCUUCCCAACUACUGAGGCCAGACUAACUAUUCUAUAGUUUCCUUUCUUCUGCCUGUCUCCGUUCUUGGACAGUGAUAUUUGCAAUAUUCCAGUUUUCCAGAACCAUUCCAGAAUCUAGUGAUUCUUGAAAGAUCAUUGCUAAUGCCCCCAUGAUCUCUUCAGCCACCUCUUUCAGUACACUGAGGUGUCCAAAAUCUGGUCCAGGUGACUUAUCGACCUUCAGCCCUUUCAGUUUCCCAAGAACCUUAUGUCUAGAUAUGGUAACUUUACACACGUCAUGCCCCCUGACACCUGGAACCUCUACAAUACUACUCGUGUAUUCACAGUGCAGACCGAUAUACGUCCGCCAUUUUGUUGUCCCCCAUCUAUUAUAUGCCCUCUCUUUAGCUUUUCUAUUGGCUUUGACUUGUUAGCCAUGAUUGUGUCAUCUUUCCAUUAGAAUACUUCUUCUUCUUUGGGAUAUAGUUAUAUAUGUCACGUGAUCGGCAACAAUCAAUAUUUUGAGUCAGGAUUUAUAAACAAACAAACAUUUAUUAAACCCUGAUAAACAAUGGAAAAAAAAUGAAAACCCUAACCAGAAGUAAACGGCUAUGCGGCCAUUCAGUAAACUGCUACUCAGUACUAGUUCUUAAAGCGAUAAUGCGAAACCAGUUCUUAAAGCGAUAAAUUCAAACACAGUUCUUCGAAUGGUAAAUUUUAAAGUCCAUGAGAUUUAUAUAGUCAAUUAGGACAGACUUUCAUGAAGUAAUGAAUUCCUUGAAGACACAACGUCACUGCCACUCCCAGUCGGAUGCUCGCUCGUACACAGGAUUCACGACAAUGGAAAUAAAACAGUUUUACAGGCACUGACAUUCCUCCUCCGAAGAAUAGAUCCUGCACAGCCUUUCUGCCACUUUUAGCAGAGGCUAUCUCAUGCAGAUCACUCUUUCUUGAACAAAUUCAAUAAUGGUCGAUCCUUUCCAAACACGCCAAAUGUCUCCUUCAGGGUCCCAUCUUUACUCUCCAGAAAAGAUACAUUAACAAACCUGGCAGCGAUUGGUCAAACUGCUGGCUCAGACUUCUGUACCUUACAAUAGAACAUAAAACUCCGUUUAAAAUCAAACCUGCAUCAUAAUGCAAAUAAGCAGCGGAGUGGAGUAUCUCAUUGACGUUCUAACUGGAAAGCUAACUG